AUGCCCCAUAGUGACGCUGAAAGCUCUGAAGAGAACUUAGAAGGUUCUGCAGAAUCCGGUUAUUCAGCAGCCAGUGAUCUGAGACCAGAAAAAAGACGCCGUCUCAAUAAUGCCGGCAAUCGUGUCCGCUAUGAAGACGAAGACGAUAACGACGACGACAACGAGGACAACGAUGACGACAACUCCGACGACCCAUACUACGGCGAUCUCUAUGAAACAUUACAACAGGACCCAAUAGACGUUGAUGCUACACAAUCUGGCUCCUACAAUCCGUCUGCUGCUAUUGCCAAUCCAGGCCCCAAUGUUAUACCGAGCACACAAGUGGAGAUCGACCCUGGUUUGGUGCCGUCCUACUUUGAUGCCGACGUGAUUGAUAUUUCUGGUCAUGAAGACGUUUCGGACACCGAGAGCAAACAAGAAAAAGACUUUAGUCGAGACGCUUCAACAGAAAUAGGAACCACUCCACAAACCGCACUUGAAAUUUUGGACGAUGAGCCAGCUCCCCGAGAACGUCACGACCACAGACGUGCAAGGGAUUACAAAUGUCCUAUCUGUUUUGAAUCCCCAGAGGUGGCUCUUUACACGCCUUGUGGCCACAUUUUCUGCAUCGAAUGUAUAUUCGAGAUGAUCAAUAGUGUCAAGGCGAAUCGAAAAGUUGGACAGUGCGCUCUUUGCAGAAGAGACGUUAGUUUGGGGAAAAUCAAGCUGCUUAAGCUUCGCAAGAAAAGAAUACCAAAAGAUUCCUAG